UGAACCCCGGACAAGCAUCUGUUACAAGUUGAUAUUUGCCAGAAUCCGUCUACCCGUCAGGAGUCGUAUCGACGUCUCCCAGGCAUAGCGUCAUUGUUAAUGCUCUGGCAGAUCCUUCGGGUUCGGUCCAAGCCCAUAUAUCCCCAUAUAUCUCAGUUCCGCUCUCGAUGUCAUCGUCACCACCGCCGCCGCCAUCUUUCUCUUCAUCUCGCUCUUCAUCAUGGGCUCAGUAAUCUUCACCGAUGAGGAAGCCCGGUACAUCAAGGCCAUGCUGGGUUGGCAGGAUCCCAUCCUCGACAACGAGAGGAGGAGGAGCAAGCUCAACGGCGAAGCCGAUGCGAGGAUGAAGCAGCCCGUGGGCGAGUUCAGGAUCCUCGUCGCCGGCGCAAAGGGGGUCGGAAAGACGUCUAUACUGACGAGGUUCGCCGAGGGAACUUUCCGCGGCGAGGACGAGCCCCCAGACCCGUUCUACGAGCGCGGGUGCCGGCACAGGACCGAGGUUGACGGGCAGCUCUUCGUGAUAGACGCUCUCGAGAUGCCAUCCAAGCACCUUUCUAGCAACCCGAUGCUCGAGCAGGCCCUGAACAUCACCGAGGGCGCCGUGCUCGUCUACGACGUCGCCGACGCCGGCUCGCUGACCCUCGCCAAGGGCCUGGCCGAGUUCGUCCGCGACACGGUCGGCAGCCGCGAGUACGUGCUGAUGCUGGUCGGGAACAAGAGCGACGUCGACGACGAGGACCGCGCCGUCUCGUGGUCCCAGGCCUCCAAGACCGCCGCCGCCCUCAAGCUGACCGGCUCGACCUGCUCCUUCAUGGAGGUGUCGGCCAAGACGGGCGAGAACGUCGCGAACCUCUUCCCAGUGCUGGGCAAGGAGGUGCUGAGGCUCAAGUGGCUCGGCCAACAGCGGGUCGAGCAGGACAGGUCGGAAAAGAUGUUGAAACAGGGCAGGUUGGAAAAGAAGUCGAGGCAGAACGGGCCGGUGCCACUGAAGCGGAAGAUGGGUCUGUGGAAAUCCCUGACCACCCCGUUCUUUAGACGACAGGACAAGGCCGCCGCCUGACGUGUGCUUGUGCUUGUGCUUGUGCUUGUUCUUGUUCUUGUGUAUUUAAUGAAUCAGGGUGAGAUUUUUAGUUCAUAUGGAGUUGUAUGGUACUAGAUAAUGUCUUGAUGGCUGGUUUCUUCUCCAAAAAUUAAUUAUUUUCUGCCCCUUGCCGUGAUCAGUCUAGCACGUACUCAAGGUUAUUUCGGCAGCUGUGAACUUUUAUCAAUCAAUGCCUACCUAGGUAUCUCAUUUGUCACUUCAAAGAGUCCAACUGUUGACAACCUCUACUCAGUAAACAUUGCAAC